GAAAACCCGAAUACGGAACUGAAGCAGCAGCUCAGAGUUCCUUACUCUGAAGUGGCAGAGAGGGAGUCGGGCGUGGACGUGAAGAGCUGGGAGCUUAGAGCAGACGCUAUCACUAGUGGAGAUGUGGAAGUCUGUAGUGGGGCAUAAUGUAUCUGUUUCCGUGGAGACCCAAAGUGAUGACUGGGACACAGAUCCUGACUUUGUGAAUGAUAUUUCUGAGAAGGAGCAACGGUGGGGAGCCAAGACUGUCGAGGGCUCUGGACGCACAGAGCACAUCAAUAUUCACCAGCUCAGGAACAAAGUUUCAGAAGAACAUGAUGAUCUCAAGAAGAAAGAGAUGGAAUCAGGACCUAAAGCAUCCCAUGGCUACGGAGGUCGGUUUGGAGUAGAAAGAGACCGAAUGGACAAGAGUGCGGUGGGCCAUGAGUAUGUCGCUGAGUUGGAGAAGCACUCUUCUCAGAUUGAUGCUGCCAAAGGCUUUGGGGGCAAAUAUGGAGUUGAGAGGGACAGGAGAGACAAAUCAGCAGUGGGCUUUGAUUAUAAAGGAGAAGUGGAGAAACACAUGUCUCAGAAAGAUUACUCCCACGGCUUUGGUGGCCGUUACGGGAUUGAGAAGGAUAAACAGGACAAAGCAGCUCUGGGAUACGACUACAAGGGAGAGACAGAGAAACACGAGUCCCAGAGAGAUUACUCUCACGGCUUUGGUGGCCGUUACGGGAUUGAGAAGGAUAAACAGGACAAAGCAGCUCUGGGAUACGACUACAAGGGAGAGACAGAGAAACACGAGUCCCAGAGAGAUUAUACCAAGGGCUUUGGUGGCCAGUAUGGAAUUCAGAAGGAUCGAAUGGAUAAGAGUGCUGCCGGCUUCAGUGAAAUGCAGGCCCCGACCACAGCUUAUCAGAAGACUACACCUGUAGAAGCUGCUUCAAGUGGUGCCCGUGGGCUGAAGGCAAAAUUUGAGUCCAUGGGUGAGGAGAAGAGGAAGCUGGAGGAAAAGGAGAAGGCCCAGCAGAUGGCCAAGUGGCAGCAGGAGCCAAAGGCCAUGGUAAAGGCCAUGGUAAAGGCCACGGAAAAGACAAGCCACGAGAAUCAGCAGUUGGUGGCGCCUGUGGAAGAACCAGUGGCACCGGCUCCACUGCCCAAGAAAAUCUCCUCUGAGGCCUGGCCUCCAGCAGGGAGUCUUCAGUCAUCAGAACCUGAGCCUGUGAGAACCAGCAGAGAACAACCGGCGCCCCUACCGCCCAUGAGGCAGAAUCCUCCAGAGGACAACGAGGAGCCCCCAGCUCUGCCCCCUAGGACUCCUGAAGUCUUCCAGCUGGAGGAAGAACCAGUGUAUGAACAGGCGCCUGAGCCCGAGCCUGAGAAUGACUAUGAGGAUAUUGCAGAGAUGGACGGUCAUGAGCAGGAUAAAGACACAGAGGGGGAUUAUGAGGAUGUGCUUGAGCCCGAGGAGUCCCCUUUUCCUUCUGCUAUGGCUGGAUCAUCAGGCUGCCCACCGGGGGCCAUGGGCAUCUCAGCUAUAGCCAUGUAUGAUUACCAAGGAGAAGGAAGUGAUGAGCUUUCCUUUGAUCCAGAUGACAUCAUCACUGACAUCGAGAUGGUGGAUGAAGGCUGGUGGCGGGGGCGUUGCCAUGGCCACUUUGGACUCUUCCCUGCAAAUUAUGUCAAGCUCCUCCAGUGACUGGCCCUCUGUGUCUCCUGCAACUGUGACUUCCCAUGUCCGAAGUGGCUCUGCCUCCAUCCCCUCCCUAUUCCUACUGCAAAUGUCUAAAGUGUAUGGGCUGCCUGAGGCUCUGGAGAGGCUUCUCUCUCCCUUUCAGUAAGGGUUUGGGGCAGAGAAAGCAUGAGGAAGGGGUUUCCUUUACCUCAGUGUCCUCUCUGUCCUAGAUGAGCUCAUGGACACUUAUCUUGGGGUCCUGACUCCUCCACAAAUGUCCCCUAACCCCCAUGCUCUGCUCUCCAGCCUUGGGCUCUGGGCUUCCUGGUUUGCUUACCUGGGAAGGUGUGUCUAGAUUACCUGGUUUAC